CAUAUCUUAUCCCGCCGGGCAGCGCUGGCAGUUCGUGCCCAGGUGAGCCAGGGCGACAGCGGGUGCCAGUGCCCCGCAUGGCGUGGUGGGGGAAGGUGCGUCUCGCGAGGGAAGUGUGAGCGUGAGGGAGGCCAUGAGGGACAUUAUCAGCGUCCGGGCUCUGACGGCCCUGCAGAAGAAGAGGCGCCUGGUGAAGCGCGGCGACGAAAUCCUCACGUCGAAGCCCUUCUGCUUCGUGCUCGAAAACUCCGUGAUCGGCCAGUACUGCGAGACGUGCCUGGCCACGGCGAGGAAGGAGCGGCUGCUGUCGCGGUGCAAGGGCUGCUGGCGCGCGUGGUACUGCAGCGACAUUUGCCGCGACCUCGGGGAGACCCAGCACCGCCACGAGUGCCAGCUGUUCCGGGACAGGCCCGACUACAGGCCCAAGGACUUCGCCAGGUUCCUCGCCAGGCUCAUCAGGAAGCUCAAGGACGGGGGCGAGGAUGUCGUCGAACGAAUUGAUGCUCGCAGAAGCCGGCGCUUCAGAGACCUGAUGAGCCACAGCAAGGAGAUCGAGAAGGACCAGAAGCGGCUUGAUUACCUGGCGGAGAUGAUGCCGGACCUGCAGGUGCUCCUCGGGAAGUCCAAUAUCCCCGAGCGCGAGGAACUCAUUCAGAUCUUCGGGAAGGUGAUGGUGAACAGCUUCUGCCUGCUGGACCACCACCUGAAGCCCGUGGGGACGAGCCUGUACCUGGCGGCCUCCAUCUUCGACCACUCCUGCGCGCCCAACGCCUUCGUGUCCUUCGUCGGGAACAAGCUGGUGGUGCGGACGCUGGUGGAGUGGCCGGAGCUCGACCUGGACAUGGUGCACAUCAGCUACCUGGACACCAUGAACUCGCGCGAGCACCGCCGGGCCUUCCUGCAGGACAACUACUACUUCGCCUGCGACUGCCGCCUCUGCCGGGACGAUGAGCACUCACGCACGGCCUCCUCCAUCAGAUGCCGCUCGAGGGCCUGCGGCGCCCCCGUGCACGUGGACGAGAGCGGCACGGGCUGGGUGGACCCCUGCGGGGCGUGCGGAUUCUGCAAGUUCCCGCGGGGCGUCGCCUACGAGUACAUCGAGGUCGCCGACUACGCGAGGGCGGAGCUGGCGGACCUCGACGAGGAGAAUCCCAGCCUGGAGGUGUGGCGCGACGUGACGGAGGCGCAGGGGGCCCUCCUGCACCCACUCAACCUGUGGCGCAGCAAGAGCCUGGAGGCGCUCGUCACCGCCUUCGUCAACAUGCGGCAGUGGAGCGCCGCGCUCGCCCCCGCGCGCGAGAACGAGGCGGCCAUCAGGCACUACUACGGGCCCAAGCAUCCCUACGUCGGUCUGUACCUCUUGAAGCUCGCCAAGAUCGAGCUCAACAACAUGGAGUGGCACCCCGCCCUCGAGCACUUGCAGGAGGCCGAGGAGAUCCUCGAGGCCGGCCUGGGCUCCAACCACCCGCUGGUGUUCGUGGACCUGACGUGGCUGCUGAUCCAGGCGAGCGAGGAGUGCCGCGUCGACAUCCAGCGCUCGCUCAUGUACGGCCGAGCGCAGGCCACGUCCGCCGCCAGCCGCUCGCUCGCCGCCAACCGCGGCCGCAGCUGAGCCGGAGGUCUCGGCUGCUGCGUCCCUGGUCGAUCACUUUCCUUUUAACGUGAGCUCCUGCAGGGAAUAAUACAAGUAGGAUACGGGUUUUCAUUACGCUCUCACACCACCGGCUUUGAGAUUAGGAGACCGGAAAAGCCUCGCGCCUGAGGCGGGGUAGUUGCGCUAGCCGUGAGUUAGUACAGGAGUAGGGUUCCACGAGGCCGAUCGCCAAGUCAUUCGCUCUUUUGAAUUUGGACAGUAGAAAGUCUGCGUUUCACACCCGCCCCGUUUGCUUAGGUACAGGCCGCCUUUAGUAGUGUGCUAAAAAAGGACUAGCAUGGCUGCGCAGUGAAAGAGUGCAAUAAAUAUCAGGUGCCUGCUCUUCAAGUGGAGAGAAAGAACAAGAUAUGCAUCGCGUGCGCAUUCUCCUGCUGCCAUUUUUAAAUCAGUCUUUCACAAAAAUUCAAAUCAUCCUGACUUCACUGUGAUGUACUUUGAAAAUAAAGCUUAUAUCUUAA